UUUUUUUUUUUUCCCUCCACGGUUUCUCCUCCUCGCUCUUGUGAGUAACUUGGCGUUCGGUCUCAGCAGCUUCCACACGUUUCCUAUACAGACUGCGCUCACAUUCUCUCCCUCCAUUAAGGGCACCUCGAACUGCUUUUUUUUUUUUUUUCUGCUGUGAAGCCUCCCACCCCAACUUUUAUUUCUCGGCUGGAUCACCUAGAAAAGCGGCCAGGGCGGGGGGAGACAGCUAUCUUAUCGGAGAGCCACAGACGAGAGAGAGCGGCGGACGAGCGACUCGAGAGAAAACCAAGAUGGACAUGAAAAAGAGAAUUCACCUGGAGCUGAGGAACAGGACGCCGUCUGAUGUACGAGAACUGGUACUUGACAACUGCAGAGCACGAGAAUUCAAAAUUGAGGGUCUAACAGCAGAGUUUGUCAAUCUAGAGUUCCUCAGCCUAAUAAAUGUCAUGUUGAUGUCUGUUUCAACCCUUCCAAAACUACCCAAGUUAAAAAAGCUUGAAUUAAGUGACAAUAGAAUUUCGGGAGGUCUGGAUGUAUUAGCAGAGAAACUUCCCAACCUCACACAUCUAAAUCUCAGUGGAAAUAAAUUAAAAGACAUUAGCACAUUGGAACCUCUGAAAAAAUUGGAACAUUUGAAGAGUCUUGACCUGUUUAACUGUGAAGUAACAAACUUAAAUGACUACAGAGAAAGUGUAUUCAAACUCCUCCCUCAGCUGACUUACUUGGAUGGAUAUGACAGAGACGAUAAGGAAGCACCAGACUCUGAUGCAGAGGCUGAUGGAGAUGGUGUCGAUGAGGAGGAGGAAGAUGAAGAAGGGGAAGAGGAAGAUGAUGACGAAGAGGAGGAAGGUGAAGAGGAAGAAGAUAUAGAUGAGGAGGAGGAAGAUGAUGAAGAUGAAGAAGAGGUAGGGGAAGAAGAUGAAGAGGAGGACGGUAGUGGCGAAGAAGAGGAUGAGGAAUUUGGACAUGAUGGAGAAGUAGAUGAUGAAGAGGAGGAUGAAGAAGAAGAUGAAGAAGAAGAAGAAGCUGGAAAAGGAGAAAAGCGGAAGAGGGACACAGAUGAUGAAGGUGAUGAAGAGGAUGAUUAAAUUUGUAUAAG